ACUGAGUGGUGCAUACGAUAUGCAUUUUCCAAUGGCUUUCUUGAGGUUUGAACCAUUUUCCAACAAGAAGAAUUGGCGAAGUCUUGUCCAGCUACCCAUCCAGAAAGGAAAAAAGGAUGGGUUAUCACGUUUGCAGGAUAUAAUGGCCACCAUUUCUCUGAGAAGAUUAAAUAGUGAUCCUCUGGUUGGACUACCGCCUAAAACUAUAGAAACUUGUUUUGUGGAGCUCUCUUCUGAAGAACGAGAGAAGUAUGACCAAAUGGAAAUGGAUUAUCAAUGUGUGGUUCGAAAUUAUUUGCAUCUUGGUCGGGAGGUUUUUUUUUGAUCGAAAGAGAAAUUUUAUAUAGAGAAGAAGAAUGUACAUGUAAAUCUACCAGAGGUAGAACAGAAAAGAACAAAUAAACAAAUUACAAAAAGAUAGAGUUCCAAUUUUGAAUCUGUGAAGACACAAAAUCCUG